AUGGCUUCAAUUACAAGUAAUUCUCAAAUACUUAUCAAUAAUGAUUCCUCAACCAAUAAAGCUCCCACCACCAAUGAACGACAAUUACGAAGAAUCAAUCAUCCACCAAAUUUAAGAAUUGUUCCACCAUUAAAUUUUUGUCCCGUUGAAAAUCAAUUAUAUAGAUCAGGUCAACCAUCAAUUAUUAAUCAAUCAUUUUUGAAUCAAUUGAAUUUGAAAACCAUAAUUUGGUUAUCAUCAGAAGAACCAACCGAUGAAUUUUUAGAAUAUUGUAAUGAUUCAUCUAUAAAUAUUGAAUAUUUAGGAAUGAUUAAUGAAUUUAAUAGUGAGCCAGCCACUGCAACAACAACAGACAAACAGUCACAGUCACAAUCACAAUCACAAUCUGAAGAACAAAAAUCACAAUCACAAUCACAAUCCCAAGAAAAUCAACAUCAUCAAUUUGAACAAUCAGAUAAUAAUUUAUUACAAGAUCCAAGUCAUCUUAUAUCUUCAACUAUUGCUAAAAUCAAUAAUAAUAAUCCAUGGGAUUCAUUAAAUGAAAACACCAUUAAACAUGCUUUAGAUUUAAUUGUUGAUAAAACCAAUUAUCCGAUUUUGAUUUGUUGUGGUAUGGGGAGACAUCGUACUGGUACGGUAAUUGGUUGUUUAAGAAGAUUACAACAUUGGAAUUUAAAUAGUGUAAGUGAAGAAUAUCGACGAUUUACUGGAAGUAGAGGUGGAAGAAUAUUAGUGGAAUUAUUAAUUGAAAGUUUUAAUAUUGAUUUGGUUAAUAUUAAUUGGGAAUUGGCCCCCGAUUGGUUGAAAUGA